AAGAUUUUUCUGAUUACCGCUGUAUAAAUUGGGGUGAUAAUUACCCGAAUAUACUAAUUAAUAUAAGAGGUUGACGUAAAGGAACCGUGAAUCACUAUUCUGCCCGCCAAUACAAAAAUAAAAGGCAUGGAGAUGAGUGCUGCUAUGCUAGCAAGAGUUUCUUUUUACCCCACCCUGCUGUAUAAUGUCCUUAUGGAAAAGGCCACAUCCAGGAAUUGGUAUGAUCGGAUCGAUGACAAUGUCGUAUUGGGGGCUCUGCCCUUUCGGAGUGAGGCCAAUGACCUAAUCGCAAAGGAGGAUAUUAAAGCAGUGGUAUCCAUGAACGAGGACUAUGAAUUGUCGGCGUUUUCAAAUAAUUCUGUUAAGUGGAAGAAUCUAGGCGUUGAGUUCCUUCAACUGGCAACCACGGACAUUUUUGAAUCACCCGAUCAAAAUAAACUUCAUCAGGGUGUGGAAUUCAUGAAUCGUUUCUUGCCACUGUCAAAACGCAUAAGUGGUUUGAGUACAUCGAACGACGAAAAGGAAAACGUGGGGUCUGUUUAUGUUCAUUGUAAGGCGGGAAGAACGCGAAGCGCCACAUUGGUGGGAUGCUAUCUGAUGAUGAAAAACGGAUGGAGCCCCGAUCAGGCAGUGUCACAUAUGCGUCAAUGUCGGCCGCAUAUAUUAUUGCACACUAAACAAUGGGAUGCCCUACGGAUAUUCUACACAAACAAUGUGGAGGCAAAGUCAUGACCCAACACCAAUUGUCACAGUUUAUUAUUUACAUAGAUAGAUUAGACCAUUCGUAACCAAAGGGUGCCUCUGUUUGUUGUUAACUAAUUAAUUUUAGUUGUGAAUACAUUUUUGUCGUUUAUACAA